AUGGCGCCCGUCGACAGAAUAGACCACGAUGGAAUUGAGCAACAGCUCAAGGACGUCAUCCAAGACUUCUACCGCGUCAUGGUCCAAGUCUCAACAUACGACUCCAUGGGCGUCUCAAGCAAAGAAGUCCUAUCUAAAGAAAUCAAAUCUCUCUCCACCUCCCUCCAAAACGUCCACGUCGCCGCCUCCCCUCCGCACCUCCUCCCCUCCGUGCCCCCCGAACUGCUCGAGUACGUCGAAAACGGCCGCAACCCAGACAUUUACACGCGCGAGUUUGUCGAGCUGGUGCGCCGCGGGAACCAGCUCAUGCGCGGCAAGCAGAGCGCCUUUGCGAGCUUCCGCGACGUGCUCGCCGAGCAAAUGUCCUCUGCCAUGCCGGAGCUGCGCGAGGAUGUGGCAAAGGUGCUGGAGGCGACGGGCGGCGAUCCA